GCAUGUUUUCUCUUCUAUGCAUUAAAUGACAAAUGGAGAAAAUUUGUACUUUAUAGACUAGGUAUAGACUUUAGUGCAUGCUAGGUAGGCUAGGUAAUAAUUAUGUCAUGUGAACUUAAGACUUUUUGGUCUUGGUUGUUGGCAUAGUUACUAGUGUAUGCCUAUAACUAGAUACAACAUUUGUGCAUUGAGGAAUGCUUAGAAAAUGGGAAGGUAAGCAUCCAAGGUGGAGAGAGCAUUUGGCUCUCCCAUGGGAAAGGUUGAACAUGGGUUGAGAGAAAAUCAAGAGAGCUAAAGUGAAAAGUAUUCUAGUGAAAGAACUCUUGGGGUAGAGUGAGGCUCUUGGGAAAAUUCUAUGAGUGGAUGUGCAAGGGAUUCAGGAUUGAGUUAUGUUGAUUUAACUCAUGUGUACUUAUACUGUUAUUCAUAGUGAAGAGCAAUAUCUCUCCGGGGACGUAAGCAUGUUUUUGCCGAACCUCGUAAAUUUCUCGGUAUCUUUAUUUCUUGUAUUUUAUUCUGUUCAGCUGAGUGUGAUUUGGUGAGGUUGCAAUUUGAAUCUCGUUUCUGUACUAACGAACGGGCCAAGGCACAACAAUUGGUAUCAGAGCAUCGUUGGAGGCUUUGGUUCGUUGGAGGUCCAGAUUUGUUGUUCACCAUGGAAUUUUUAGUUGAGCAGUUUAAUGGGAGAGGCAGUUUUACUCUUGGUAAAAGAGAGUAAUGGAAGCCCAGACCCAAAGAAAAAUGUUGUAAGGAUUGGAAGCUGUGACCUUUUCCAGGGGAAAUGGGUUUAUGAUAGGUCUUAUCCUCUCUACACUUCCACUGACUGUCCAUUCAUAGAGAAGGAGUUUAAUUGCCAAAACCAUGGACGAUAGGACAAGGAGUAUCAGAAAUACAGAUGGCAGCCAACUUCGUGCCAGAUACCGAGGAGACUUAUUGAGCUUGAAUCAAUGGCAGUUUCUCACAUGCAUGAUUCACAAAUCAGCACCAGAAGCUAAGUACGACCUAGUCAAGAUUGGAGGCCUAUCUGUACUCAAAUUUCCAGCAUAUGACAUCUCGAUCAUGCUCUCGCGCAAUGCCUUUCUAGUAGAUAUCGUCCUUGAGGGAAGCCGGCGUGUUCUAGUGCUUAAUUCGAUUCAAAGUGGAAAUUUUUGGAGAACCUUUGAUGUCUUGGUCUUUGAUACAUGGCACUGGUGGCUUCAUACCGGAAGGAAACAACCGUGGGAUUUUGUCCGAUACGAGGGAUGGACACACAAAGAUAUGUAUUGCGAAUCGAGAUCUUUAGGCUAGCAACCAGGAGUUCUGUAUUGCGAAUCGAGAUCUUCUUCGGAUCUUUGUGUCUAGAGCCCAAAAACCAGAAGAUCCGGACCGUUGAAGAGAGAGAUCCGAACCAUUGAUUUGUGUCUAGUGGGCUAGUAAAACGGGUUCAUAAAGGCCGAAUGAUUUAAAAUAAGUGGUUCAAAUCUUGUAGUCCUUAGGCUCCAGACACAGAGAUCUUUAUUCGGAGUAUUGCUUCAUCAGUAAGAAAGUGUUAAUUAACGUUUCACCCUUUUUUUUCCUAAUUGGGCCCAACUUUCAUUUUUCCACAAACAUUAGGCGUAAAACCAUAAUUUUCACCUUCCUGGAACUAUGAACAAUCAAAUCAACUCCACCGGUACUAACUCGGAGUGGGCAUAGAGCCACACAUCUCCUCACGAGGAGAUGAUCCAAUCAGGUGGUUCUCGGCACGAUCAUAGCUUUUCGCUCCGCUUGCGGAAUGAUAUAACUCCGGGCGGAGUGGAGCGACAUGGCUGCUUAGUCGUAUCAACUGCUCCCACUUAAACGCCAAAUUGCCAUGUCCAAUCGAUGCAGUACAUAUUCAACCAUAUGGGGUGCCGUUCAGAUUGACUAACAUGGCAGAUACGUCCGCCCAUACCAUGCAGAGGAUAGACUGCAUUGUCUUGACAAAAAGCAUGUCUGAAUGAACAGGUCAUGUUGUUGACUCCCACUCAAGCUAUCCACUAAGAUCAACAUCAGAGAGCUCAGAUCGACUUCUCUUGGCUUAUAAAUAGCCAAACUGACUCCUUAAGCGGGGGUAGACAUUAUGAGCGCUGUUGAUGCACAAAAUAAGUGAGGACUUUGGUGCAACAGAAAGUGUCAAGUUU